AUGAUCCUACUACGUGGCACUGUCGAUGUAGGAGGAAGAAACGCAAUGAAUCAGUAUCUACGAAAGAGUACGAACAGCAGCAGCCGAACAUCCAACUUCUCCAAUGCCGUCCUCUACCCCGACUGUUCCUUCCUCCCCAAUCGAAGCCGUUGGAUCGCCAUCGAGUACCAAGCCCACUGGAUCUGUCGAAGUGGGGACAGUCACGAAGAACAAAUGAAAGUGUUGGAAGAAUUAUACCCAGAGACAGCACCAAAGUUCAGAGCAUUGAGAGAGUUUCACUAUUAUAUUAUGAAUGAAAGAUUGUUGUCAUUCUUUGUUUUAACCACCUUUGGAGCUGCAAAGACAACAAUUCUCGUGUCAAUAUCAGUGAUCCGAAUGUAUCGGACACUUCAAACACAUUCGAGUCGAAUGUCGAGGAAAACACUUGCAAGGCAUAAAUUAGCAUUGAGAAGUUUGAUAAUGCAGUUUUUGACGACACCAAUUUCAGUCUUCCCCGGUGUUACCAUCAUGCUCACUGUCAUAUUUCCCUCCCGUUAUUCUCAACAAAUUUCCUGGUACUCUCUCAUGAUUGGAACCACUCAUUCUAUAUUCAACUGUCUCGUAGUCAUUUUCACGUAUCCUGAAUUCCGAAAAGCUGUUUUCUUCUGGAAGAAUGAUAUCAGGAACCAUCCCAGCAAAGAACUCGCCCAUAUCAGUGACGUCACUCUUCUCCAACUCAAAAACGGCGAGAAAAAGAGCCUGACGCAUUCUGUUUAUCUUUUCUGGUUGACGGCGAGCCACACGAUUUGCCUGGUGACUGAUAUGUUCCAUGCUGAUCUGAAAUUCUCUAAUAUCCUCUAG